AUGGCGAGUGAACGGGAAUCUGGGACAAAUGAUUUUGUUCCCGUAUCAUACAGUGCGGGCUUUAUCGUCCUCUCAUAUCUUGUUAGCCUAGCUGGAUGUGCAACCUGUUUAGAAUUGCUUCAUCGGCGGACGUCUCGAUUCGGCCUAUAUAAUUGGUAUCUUCUAAUUAGUGCGGCAGUGUGUAUGGGGGGUAUUGGAAUCUGGUGUAUGCACUUCAUCGGAAACCGGGCAACCAUCCUUCACCAUGGCACCGAUCACCAAAUCUCUUAUAGCUCCGCCUUCACCGCAGUGUCAUUCCUCUUACCGAUUGUCGUUCUUAUGAUCGCAUUUUACUUCAUUGGAAUAAGCGAGAACACAGAAAUAUAUUAUAUCGUUCUCACGGGAAUUUUAACCGGUGCUGCUGUUUGUGGUAUGCAUUAUGUCGGCCAACUGGGAAUAGCGAAUUAUUACUGCAGUUACAAGCUUGCCAAUAUUAUCGGUGCGGCAAUCAUUGCAAUUUCUGCAAGUAUUACUGCCCUGGGGGUGUUUUUCCGAUUGCGUGCUUCUUGGACAAACAGCUGGUGGAAGCGACUGCUCUGCGCUUCCAUUCUAGCUGUCGCAGUAUCGGGGAUGCACUGGACGGCAUCGGUGGGCACUUCAUAUCGAGUUAAAAGGAUAUUCCUGAACAACGGAGGCCAGCUAUCGUCCAGCCAGACUGUGAUUGUCUGCACUACACUAUCUUGCGCAGCAUGCGCGUUUCUUAUAUUCCUUGCGAUUUUCACCAAGCGACAAUACAACCGUUCGGCCCAUCGCGUUGGACAGCUAGUGUUGGCAUCCGCAUUUUUUGAUCCCUCAGGUGGAGUUAUGGUCUCACCAGAAGGCCUCCUACCGACCCAAAAGAUCACGAAUCAAUAUAUUGAUAGGACUUUUGCCGACGAGGAAUUCGGUAGAACCCACCCGGCAUUUAUUUGGGCAUUCCGUGCGAGUCACAACUGGUCCAUCUUUAGGAAACUCAUUCCUGGAAUGAAGUAUCAUCUUCUCUCUGACACAGCCACGAAGCGGUUUUAUCCCGGCAAUAGUACGGAGGCGUAUGGUGGUGUUGAUGUGGACAUGAAUUUCGAAUCCGUUUUCAAAGAACUUUUCUGCGUGGCAGCUCAAGAGCUUGCGGACAAGCUCCACCAGCCUCUCGAUAAGAUGGGGGUGUUGUAUGAUGAUGUGAUGAUCACAGGGACUCAGCCCGGGAAAUUGAAGCUUGAUUCAGAAACCGAUCCUGAGUCGCUAUGCCCGCCUCAGAGGGUUCUAGGGAAAGGCCAAUUUUUGUUCGCUGUGCGUCAUCUGAAUAGAGAAGAAGCUGUGCAACUUUCUGCGGGUGGAUGGCGGUUCGCUGCUGGGCCACAGAUAGCUCCAAUGAUAGCACGGGCUAUGCAAAUACCUCCCGAUGAGAUGCUGAUAAACUUGGAGAAUCUACGAAGCUACGGUUCCACGCAGGAGAUGAUGGAACCCGGUGUUUAUUUGAUCUGUUUCUCUCUUUAUCCUUCGGUCAAAAAAGGGUUUGAUGUCCUUGCGCGCAAAGAUGCACCGAAUCUUCUUCCUCAUGUGCGGUUACCGAUCACAUCCAUCUCACAAUGGCAGCUUGAUAUUUUAUCUCGAAUGGAUGAAUGGCCAUUGAAUCUUUGCCUAAAGUGGCUCAAACAACAUGGCGACAGGCCUACUAAGCCUGAAAUGCAAUUGUUUUGCCAGCAGAUGUACAAUGCAACAUCUGACCUUGCGGACUUAACUGAGAGCUCUGCUUUUGGGAUGGCUAAAUUUUCUGCUCGAAAGAUCAUGAUUCCCUGCCGCUUACCCGGGCAGCCUGGAGGGUCAGGCAAAUGCACUGCCUUUUCGUUCCGUUUCAUUACUGGUUUACAGUCCAGCAUUCCCCCUCAUCCCCUUUGUCUUACCCCUCUCAGUCUCUUCACUGCCCAACAGCAGGUGUACCCGGGCAUUGUGGACAACGCCAAUUUCCAACAAUCCGUUCUCGAAGAAUUCGGCCAUUGUGCGGCACACCCAACCCCCAAAAAAGGAUCCCAAGCGUCGUCUUUGGUCGGUUCAUCCACCCAAAAUUCCCACGGCAUACGGCCAAGCCGAAAGAGCGACCUUUCUAAAGCCACCAUUUCCGAAAUCGACGAUGGUCAAUCGAACAAGAAACCUCCUUGGGGAGGUAUCAUGGUCAGCAAUCAAGUAACCGUGGAUGUCACGGAACGUCCAGCAUCUUUCUGUAGCACUGGUGGUUUUGAGAUGCAGGACCUCGGUGUCAUGGCUGAAGCCAGCUACGCUGGCGCGUACGAGACGUUCGUGGACGAACUCUGCGCCAUAUGUCGAGAGACAGCCGACGUUCAGUGGGAUCUCUAA